GACGCAGGGUCAGGUGGUUCUGACUUGUUGCGGGGCUGCUUUAUAAACAGGGAGCUGUCCGCCUGCUGAAAAUUUCACUGCCCACUUGCUCCAGAGACGCUGACAAGAAAGAUGUUCUCAGCCAGAAGGGGUCCAGUUUAAAUCUCAGCUUGUUUUAAAAAAAAGAUAAAAUCGUGAACUCCGGACGGACGACGCCAACAUCCCUGAGCCGAAGUUGGUAAAGCCAAGCUGUGUGCUGAGUGAGUUGGGGGCACCGUAUUAAACAUGGCGAUGGUAAAAACCUCUCCAAGCGGUAUGAUAUUAACCCUCAGCAUCCUACUUUAUUCAGACAUCCUUAGGGCUGCUUCGCUGGUGCCAAACAUAUAUGAUCUAAACACUUUGAAAGAAAGAAUGUCUUACUAUCCUAACCCGGAUAUGAUUAAAGCCCUAGAAUUUAUUGAGAAUUUAAGACAAAACAGUGAAGACACAGCUUUCCCAGACUAUGAUGAAAGAGGUAUCUUGCGUCCAAUUCAAGAAGCCCUCUUGAGAAAGGUCGAGGAAGAUCGUGAAGAGAACGAGCAGUCAGACACCAAAAGGGAAUCUCUGGACGACGGCAGGGCUGAUUGGGCUAAGCUUUCACUAAAGACACUGAUGCAAGCAGACAGCAAUGCCGAGGCCAAUGCCAACGCCUAUAGACAGCAGAUGAUUGAUGGUAACCAACAAGACUAUGACGGACCCCUGUUUGAAAGAGGCGGGAGACAGGACUUGACAAGGAAGUACCACCUUGCAUUUCCCGGGGACAGCUACAGAAUCAAUCCCUACAAACGCACCAACGAAAUUAUAGAGGAAGAGUACACUCCCCAAAGCCUUGCCACACUGGAGUCUGCUUUCCGUGAGCUAGGGAAACACGCAGAGCCAUACAGGCAACAAGAGAGGCUGCAGGAAGAGCAUUUUCAUAAAGACGAGGAGGACGACAUCUCCCGGGACAGUGAGUUUGCUUAUGAGGACGCGGCAGAGGGAGAAGACUCGGUUGAAGUGAAGAACCGGCAUCAACAUAAAGUAGUGCAAUUUGACGGUGAGGAAACUGAGCUGGACGGAGACUCGGAGCGAACAGGAACCAAUGGGAAGAAUUCUUUAGCGAAUUUCGAUGAGCUGGAUCUGGCUCAGCCGAAUUCCCUUGAACAGGGGAAGAUGAAGAAUGACAACGCGGCGGCGGACCUGAUGCUGCAGUAUUACAAGCGGCUGCAAGACAGAAUGGACGAGGACCAAGCGAAAAGGGAGGUUGGGACAGCAGCUGGAGACAGAAAUGGGGAGAAGGAGACAGCGCAAAACAGGCAGGUCAGAGGCUCGCAAGGAGACAUUGAGCCACGGCUCAUGAACCAGUUGGUGGGGCUCCAAAUAUACCCGGAUGAUAUCGUCCAAAUGCUGCAAGAAGCGGAGAGGAGGAAAGAUGCAGGGGCAGAGAGUUCGCAAGUGCAGGCGGACCGGGAACAGCUGGGGCUCCGAGAGAGUUAUCCCAGAGAACAGAGCGCCGCAGACAGCAGCCUGGAAGAUCUCACUCCUGAAGACGUCCUGAACAUCCUGGGGCUGGAUGAUGGACGCUUGCGCAAAGAUCCGUCAAGAAACCGCCUGUUCGGACCCGAUGUCCCCGUUGAAAGCUUUCCAGGGAUUGGCAACCAGCAGGCGGUGGGCUCCAGUGAGGGCACGGCCCGUGAGCAGCCAGGCGCCGGGGAGGAACUGACCGGGUACCUUCAGAGGCUGCUGGCGGCGGACAUCGGCUUGGCCAACUCAGCCGAGCCGCCACGUGUUUCCCCUGUGGGCGGGCGGCACCCCGAGGCAGCCGGCUCCAGGGAACCCCUCCGCGAACUGCUGCAUGGCAUGAACUCCAGGAAAGCUGCGGAAAUUCUGUCGCUUAUCAAUCAUCUUUCCGGCUUUGCCGGAAACGAUUACCGCGCACCUCGAAGACAGCAAAACGGGGAAGAGUCCUUGCUGAUGAUCCACAAACUGGUGGAAUUAUUAAACCAACAGAAUGAGAACCAGGAUCGCUCUGUGAACGAAUUAAACAGAGGAAUGGUCGACCUUCAUGAUUAAAUAGUGUUACUGAAGAAUAAAAGCUUGUUUGUGUCUGUGAGCUUAUACUCUGAUUGACAUUCCUACUUAGUUAAGAUUUCUAUAUUUAAGGCACAUGGACACUGACAAUUAAUAAACCCUCUUUAUUGUGUGAAGUUGUUCUUUGCAGUGGGUGUCCUAUCACAAGCUUAUUGCCAUUAUUCCAGCACUGAAAAUAUUUACUUUUCAUUUUGAAGCCAUUUUAAACUUUGAAAUGUGCAGACAUUCCUUUGGCUAGAACAUUUGCCCAUGACGCGUUGUUAGGUGUUCGUAGAAACGCGUCCCUGGUUGAUUUUUUUUUAAAUAAAACUUUUUUUUUCUUAAA